AGAUACAUCCUUUUCACGUGUUGGUACAGAUAUCUAUUUUUUUUGUGCGCUAUUUGUUUCAGGUUUCAUGUGGCGAGUUCUCGUCUUUGUCAUUUAUCGUCUGUUAUUUUAUCCGGUCCAUCAUUAAACAGAAAAAGACGUACACGUAGACAGGUAUCGAAAGAGUGUUAAACCGGAGAAAAUCAGGCCAACCAAGAAGUCCGGUUCCAAGAUCAACCCGGAUUAGUUAACCGCGUCUGGCAGUCCUCUUUCGGAACCGUUUCACGCAAGGAGCACCAAAAUGCGAGUUACCAACAUCCGCCGGGGACGCAUAGCCCGGAUCGUGCUGGCAGUAGUCAUAUUUGUAUUCAUCCUGUACGCAAUAGCCAGCUGGUCAGGAGUUGACCACAGAACUGUCCAGGAUGCUGUUAAUGCUCGUUUUGCGGCAGGAUUGGUGGGGGCCAGGAAUCGGGGACAUCAACCAAAGGUGGACCAUAGCAAUGUGUUCCCGGUUUUGAUUGAAGGGCUAGGGAACUUCGAACCGAAAGAGGUAGAACGACGUGAUGGACCAGGCGAGGGCGGAAAGGCAUAUAUUCUGCCAGACGAUCAACAAAAUCGAGCUUCCGAUGCCGAAAUGGAAUACGGGAUGAACAUAGUAGUCUCCGACACGAUCUCCCUGGACCGCACCAUUCGGGACACUCGGCUAGAAGAGUGUAAGCAUUGGGACUACCCUGAGGAUCUUCCCACGACCAGUGUGAUCAUCGUUUUCCACAAUGAAGGAUUUUCGGUCCUCAUGCGAACAGUCCAUUCGGUGCUGAAUCGUUCACCGAAGCAUGCUUUACAUGAAAUUAUCCUGGUUGACGAUUAUUCCGACAAGGAAGACUUGAAAGAGAAGUUAGAGAACUACAUCGAACGAUUCGAUGGUAAAGUAAAACUGAUCCGCAAUGUAGAACGCGAAGGACUUAUCCGAACCCGGUCUAGAGGGGCGAAGGAAGCAACUGGAGAGGUAAUCGUGUAUCUGGAUGCCCAUUGUGAAGUCAACACCAACUGGUUGCCACCUUUGUUGGCUCCAAUCUAUCGUGACAGAACUGUGAUGACAGUUCCAGUCAUCGAUGGAAUUGAUCACAAAACCUUCGAGUAUCGGCCCGUUUAUGCUGAUGGACAUCACUACAGAGGCAUUUUUGAGUGGGGCAUGUUAUACAAGGAAAACGAAGUUCCCAGGAAAGAACAAAAACGGCGCAAGCACGAUAGUGAACCUUACCGCAGCCCAACUCACGCCGGUGGUCUGUUUGCCAUCAAUAGGGAAUUUUUCCUGGAAAUUGGUGCCUACGAUCCGGGCUUGCUGGUAUGGGGUGGAGAAAACUUCGAAUUGAGUUUCAAAAUCUGGCAAUGCGGAGGCAGCAUUGAAUGGGUUCCAUGUUCUCGAGUGGGCCACGUUUAUCGUGGUUUCAUGCCGUACAACUUUGGAAAACUGGCAAAUAAGAAAAAGGGCCCAUUGAUAACAAUUAACUACAAACGGGUUAUCGAAACUUGGUUUGAUGAUCAGUAUAAGGAAUAUUUCUACACGAGAGAACCUUUAGCGAGAUUUUUGGACAUGGGCGACAUAUCUGAGCAACUAGCUUUAAAAGAACGUUUGCAAUGCAAGAGUUUCCAGUGGUAUAUGGAUAACGUAGCGUACGAUGUACUUGAUAAAUAUCCGGCACUACCGGCCAAUCUACAUUGGGGUGAGCUGAAAAAUUCCGGCACAGAGAAAUGCAUCGAUGCACUUGGCCGCCAGCCGCCAGCCAUUAUGGGACUGCAACACUGUCAUGGACAGGGUCACAACCAGCUAAUAAGACUGAACGCCGCAGGUCAACUUGGCGUCGGCGAACGAUGUAUCGAAGCUGAUAAUCAAGGUAUUAAACUAGCCUUUUGUCGUUUGGGAACAGUGGACGGACCUUGGCAAUACGACGAAGCCACUUCAACACUGCUCCACAGAACGUACAAGAUGUGCAUAGGCUAUCACCCGCAAACAAAAGCUCUUUCGCUCAUGCCCUGCGACAUCCACAAUGCAUAUCAAUCUUGGAAGUUCCAUACCAUCACCCCUCGGUGGUAGUUUCGGUAAAGAACCAAACAAGACGACAACAAAUUAUUAAAACGCGAAGACAUUCCUUUAAAAAGUAAGUUAUACGUACACGAGCUAAAUGCAUUUGUUCGAUCAUAAAAAUUGCCUCAAGAAUAGUCGUUUGCAAGACUGCAACCGUUAGCGACUACCCUCUGUACAUAUAUAAUCUAACGAUAUAAACAAAUACCAGAAGAGGACUCCGAUAAUCUUUUUAAACUCGCACGGUUAGUCUUGUACAUACGUAGAAAUCAAUAGCAAAGAAUGAAAGAUACGGUAAUCUAACAAUACUUAAAAUCAAUUUUGAACAAUGUUACAAAAUAAAAAAAACUUCGACCUAUUAGCUCAAAUUUAGAUUAAACACAAACCUUUAAAGUAAUGUAACCGUAAGUUUUACACCUCCAAACUUUGAUCUAAUAUUUGAAUCUAGUGUGCAAGAUGUUGAUCCAGGUGGCAACAUCUUACAAAAUUGUCUCCUAAUGUUUAAAUUAAAAUAUCGUUUUUCGGGAAACAUGUUGAGGUUGUAUCACAAUUCACAAACGUAUCGUCAUGAUAUGACAAUACUGACAAAAUGCGAACUUUUUCCCGCAGAACAAAUUCGAUCAAAAUAUCGUUAGGAGUGCCUUGUUCUGCGAUAUGUUAAUUGAAGUCAGUACUUUCCGGUUCGCUGAACACAAACCGUCUUUGAUUGCAACAAAUUUAACUGUUUAUUUGGAUUCGUUAAUGAUUAGAAACAGCAUAAACUGUAGUAGAAACCACGUAAAAUGUAAGAUUUUUUUUGUGAGACUAUUUCUCUUGUAGGGAGUUCAUUUAAAAAAAAAGUGAGCAUUACAAUAGGUUAAUAUAUAAUGCAUAUUCAGACAUAUGACUUACGUAAUGGUUAAGAUACAUUAUAGAAUGUUCUGAUUAAAACAGUUGUUAAUUCUGAAUUGGUUUUUAGGUACCGUAGCAAAAAAUACACAAUUUACCACACAAUUAUGUUGCAUAUAUUAUUUU